AUGGCGGCCGCCGAAGAAGGGCCAGAGCCACUCAGGUAUCAGACUCUGGCCUUGAGGGUGAGCAUCCACUGUGAGGGCUGCAAGAAGAAGGUCAAGAAGGUGCUCCACAGCAUAGAAGGGGUGUACAAGACGGACAUAGACACGCAGCAUCAAAAGGUGGUGGUGAUCGGCAACGUCUCCGCCGACGCGCUCGUCAAGAAGCUCCUCAAGUCCGGGAAGCACGCGGAGCCGUGGCCGGAGCCUGCUGCUCCAGCUCCACCGGCAGCCGGCGGUAGCCCGCCCGGGCCCGGUGGGUCUCCCGGCAGCGGCGGAGGCAAGAAGAAGAAAAAGAAGAAGAGCAACAAGAGCCCCGCGGCCGCGACGAACAGCAAACCCGCCGAGCCAGUGCCCGCGCCCGCGCCGGCGGAGGGUAACGGCGGACCCAGCCCCCCGGAGCAGCACGACAAGGCUGACGGUGGCGCCUCGUGCGAUGAGGCAUCAGAUGGUGAGCAGGACAAUCCUGAGGCUGGCGGCGGCGGCGGCAAUGGCUCCCCUGACGCUGGAGAAGCCCACGAGAGCGGUGCGAGCGGCAAGGUGGCCCCUUUCUCCUUGACGCCGCACGGCCCGCAGCCUAUCGCGCCCGCCACCAACGGCAAUGGCGGCGGCGGCGGCGGCAAGAAGAAAGGCAAGAAAGGCGGCCACCGCAACGCCAACAGCAACGGCAAUGCCAAUGCCAACGGAGACGGCGCCGGCGCCGGUGCAAUCGUGGAGGUCCACCCGCCGGACGCAGCACCCACGAAGCCGGCCGCCGGCAACUCCGGCCCUCUCACCGUCGUCGACGCCGGACCGUACCCGCCGCCGCCGCCUGGCGCGGCGAUGAGCUACCCGGGGUACUACGCCGCCGGCGGGGUCCACUCGCCGGCGUACGUCAUGAGCUACAGCACGGCGCACCCGAGCUCGGCGCUCCGGAGCAGCGCGUACUACCACCCGAUGGCCGGCGCCGCGUACACACCAGAGGGGGGCGGCGGCGGGUACUUCUACUCGACGGCGCCGGUGUCGGCGGCGCCCGGAUCGUACUACAUGUUCAGCGAGGAGAACGCCAACGCGUGCAGCGUCAUGUGA